CCCCAUACAAUGGGUUUUUAUUCAACUGCUGCAAUAAAUUUGAAUUUGAUGCGUUGAAAGACUGUCAAACAGAAGACGAGAAAAAAUCCUUGCAGAAAUGGCGGCACUUUCUUCUUCCUUGACGAAGAUGAAGUCGCUCACAAAAUCACUCCGUCUCGCUGCCAGAACCAGUUACACUUCUAUUACCUUCAAGGAAUCCUUGGUUCUGUCGCACAGUGAUCCUCAUCGUUCAUUCUCUUCCAAGAGCAAGCCCUCCUCUUCUUCUGCUUCCUCCACCGAUUCAUUCAGGGAUCCAGAAGCAGACGAAUUCGUUCCGAACUCCGGGAUAAGCAGGCCUCUCUCUGAGAUACUGAAGGAACUCAACAAGAAGGUCCCCGAUUCCGUCAUCAGGCACCGAGUGGAAGAUGGCUUCUCUAUCAAAUACAUCCCCUGGCACAUUGUCAAUCGGAUUAUGAACCUGCACGCUACUGAAUGGUCUGGUGAAGUUAGAAACAUUGUUUAUUCUGCUGAUGGAAAGUCUGUGUCUGUUAUUUACCGUGUGACGCUCUAUGGUACUGAUGCUGAGAUACAUAGGGAAUCAACAGGCACAGCUUCAAUUGAUGAAGCUGGUUAUGGCGAUCCUGUACAAAAGGCAGAAGCAAUGGCAUUUCGUCGAGCUUGUGCACGCUUUGGGCUCGGUCUUCAUCUUUACCACGAAGAUAUGUUAUAGUAGCCAGAGAAAGGGACUUUGGUAACGCAAGUUCUUCUUACUGCUUGUGGUCAUUGAGACUCGUACCUGUAAUUUGACUCGAAUGCUUAUGGUAGAAGCACAUGAUAUUGUCCUUAAAAAGUAUUAACUGGUUGCCUGUAAAUUAUUGCCAUAAAAGAUUGCCUCGUUGUAUUUUAAGCGAGCAGGUUCACUCAAGCUGUUUGCUGAAUGUAGCAUGUGCCAUUUACAAGGCAUCAUUUUCCAGUUUUCCCUGUACCAGAGGUCAGAAUGACAAUCUUUGUGUUAGUCUGCUAGAAGCCUGGAGCUUAGACAAAUGAUGUAUUUUAGAAUUGCCUGGUGAAGUUUUCCAUGAACUUUGAUCACUUGUGGAAUUAUAAUAUCUGCUGAUAACUUAUCUAGUC